AUGUUUGGAGGACCUCCAUUUCUACGUUAUCCGUUAUGGCGUUUCACCGCUUUUUCGGUGGUUGCCUCAACUGCGGUGUCGGGAAUUAUUUUUAUGAUGUUACGUAGAAAUGAAAACAUGCGACGAAAAAAAUGGGAAGAGUUUUUCAAAAAUUACGAUGCGUAUGAACAUAUAAAAGAAAUUUGCUCACAUGCACCAGGGAUAAUGCAUAGCUGUCCCAAAGACCUCGCUUUAGCAUAUGAAAAAGCUGGAUUGAAGAAGUAG